GAUGACAGAAUGAACAGAUGGCUUUUUAAUCUCGAAUGCACUGUGCGCUAUGUACAUUUGGAAUUUGUUUUCCUUAUACAGUAAAAGUCGCUUUCAUUAAAGAGGAGAGACUACCCAGCAGCCCACGGGCGACUGGCAAGGCCUGUGCACCUUUCGGUUUCGUUUCUUCCAAAUCUUCUAGGUAUUCUACGGAAGGAAAGGGCUCAAGAUCUUGUUGUUUUCUUCGUGAUCGAUCAGAUGGUAUCAUGACUGCUGCGGCUGUCACUAAACUUCUGUGUGCAAAUAAUGGAGCGAUGAGAUACGACGAACUGCUGGUCAACAUCGGCGGUGAUGCGGAGCUCGAGAGGACUCUCGCAAACCGCCAGAAGUUCGCCGUAGUGACAGCUGCCGACGACACCAGAAGGAUCAUAGCGAAGACUUUGGUGAAACUGUGCAAAGCCCAAGGCUGUCAGGGCUGCUCUGGCUUACACCUGUGUAAAUUCUACUUGUUCGGGGACUGCAGGUUCAGCCGAAGAAAAAAUGGAUGUCGGUUUUGUCAUGAUCUUCAUUCAGAAAAUAAUUCCAAAGUCCUGAGAGACAAUGGUCUACAAGAUUUGAACCAGAAAGAGCUCUGUCAGUUACUCCUUCAGAAUGAACCGACUUUGCUCCCACCGGUGUGCUUUUCUUACAACAGAGGAAAUGGUACCUGCUCCGAGGAUGGAUCCUGCACCCGUCUUCACAUGUGUGAGCAGUUCCUUCAAGGCAAACCACACAGCAAUUGUAGCAAAUCUCAUGACUUUCUGUCUGGUGAAGUUCUUAGAGUUUUAGAAGGACGUGGACUGACUCCAGAGUUAAUUAGCACCAUUCCAAAUGUAUAUUUUAAUAUAUUGAACAUGAAGAAUUCUAAAGGAAAACCCACUGAAAAAAAUAAAACUGAGAUAUGCAUAUUCUCUGUAUGGAAAGACUGCAGGCGUGGACAAAAUUGUUUCCAAGCACACUUCAGUAUGCCUUACCAAUGGCAGGUGCAGGAUGGUUUGGAGUGGUCAGAUCUUCCCGAUAACGAAAACAUUGAAAAGGAAUUUUGCAAUCCUGCAAAUACAUGCAGUGGACCCCCAUCAAUAAAUUUUUAUACAAUGACACAAGGAAAAAGAAAAGUGCGGCGCCUUUCAACGGCUUCUUCUGUGGAAAAACCUAACUUUAUUCUGACAACACGUUGGAUCUGGCAUUGGGAAGACGAACAUGGCAAUUGGACCGAUUAUGGCUCUACGAGUGGCAGUAAUGAUGCAUCCACUAUUAAAAGUGAAGACCUGGAAAAGAGCUAUAUGGAAGACAGCAAUGCUACUAUACAGUUCAAGGCUGGAAGAGAAGAUUACAAUCUUAUUUUUCCAGAAAUGAUUCAGGUUAAUCAACACUAUGGAACCAUACGGACUGUUCGAAGGCGACCAGAGUUUGUCUCCAAACAAGAUGUAGUGAAGAUCAGAACAAGCAAAAAAUCACCAAUAAUCGCAGAUUUCACCACAAAUUUCAAAGCAAUACCACCUCACUGGGACAAGACACUUAUACCUGAAACAGGAUACAAGGUUGUUAAAUUGCUUGAAUCCAGUGAGGAGUACACUAAAAUCAAGAAUCUCUUCACAAACACCAUGCCUGGAUAUACCAUUGUGAAAAUAGAAAGAAUCCAAAACAAAUCACUUUGGGAGGUUUUUCAGUGGCAAAAGGAACAAAUGAAAAAAAAUAAGGGAGGGAAGCCAGUCAAUGAGAGACAACUGUUCCAUGGAACUGAUUCAGAUUAUGUUGAAGCCAUAUGUAAGCAGAACUUUGACUGGAGAAUUUGUGGAACACAUGGCACAUUAUAUGGAAAAGGAAGCUACUUUGCAAGGGAUGCAAAUUAUUCUCAUGAUUACACUGGUUCAUCAUCUCACAGGACCAUGUUUGUUGCUAGAAUAUUAGUGGGCGACUAUGUGGUAGGAAACUCCAGUUAUGUCAGACCCCCAUCAAAAGAUGGAGGAGACUGCAACUUUUAUGACAGCUGUGUUAACAAUACUCGGAAUCCUUCCAUUUUUGUUGUUUUUGAAAAACACCAGGUAUACCCAGAAUACCUCAUAGAGUAUCUUGAAAAUAGCUGGGCAAAUUCAUAUUUUCCAUUUCAACCCACAUAUACUACUACACAAACAAGCGUUUCAUCAUCAAACAGCUGGCAACAAAAUUCAACCAGCAUGUACAGCACUACAUCACCAGUACGCCCAAAGCCAACACCUCAGCCACAACAAAAACAAGAUUCUUGUUUACUAUCUUAACAGACCUUUUUAUUAAAAUUUUGAGAUUACUCCAACUUACUUUUUCAAGAAGAUGAAGAACGAGAAAAGCUAAAAAAAAAAAAAAAAAAAAAAUACAGAAUAUAAAUGCAACAGUGUUUUUAACAAAUAAUGUAAUGCACAUAAAUGUAAUUAAUAAAUUAACUAGUAAUGUAAAAUUCACACAUUUAAUGUAAAACCUUAUAUUUAACAUAUUUUUGCUGGACAACUUAACACAACUAAAGCAAAAGUAACCCAGUGCAAUUCAGAUUUUUAACAUUUUUAUUCAGUUAUUUUAUGUGAUAAUGUGAAUUUUGGACAGUAUGAAAUGCAUUGUUAAUGUCUUUAUUUUUGCUUGUUUUUCUUUCAGUGUGUGGUUUAAAUAUUCUCUGUGCUUCCUUGUUUUUUUCCCAGGUUUCCUCCCACAUCCUUACUGAUCCUCAGAACCCUAUAAUGAAAAAUGAUGGUUCAGUAGUUAAUAGAAAGAUGGACUGCAAUAUAUAUAGUAAUUUUGCUUUGGACAUAGUUACAGAAGUGUAUAUUUAAACUCUGAGUCAGUCAGUACUGAAUAAUACAGUGAGGUAUACAUUUCUAAUUCAAUGCAUUCCUUUACUUACAAAUUAACUUCUCCCUUUUCGUCUUCUGAAAAAUGCACCACUACAGGAAACCUGGCCUGUUUUCAGCAUUGUUUCAGGCUUAUGUUAAAUUUGGGCAUGUAAAGGAAUGUCUGAAAUAUUUUUAAUACAUACAAAAACAUUUAAAAGUUUUCUGACAUGUUUUCUUAAUAAUCUGAAUUGUAUCUGAAUAGCUUUGAUUUCAGUUCCAUGCAGGGUAUAUAAAGCACAUUUAACACUCACAGCAUCAAAAGCAAACCAGCUGUUUUGUUACCCAUCUUGUGUAUGUUAUAUUCCACUAUGGAUGAAGAAACACUAACUUAUACACAUUUUAAUUAUGCAAUACAAAGUUGAUAUUAUAGCAACAAAGGACAGUUAUUUUUAACACAUGGUUAUAAAAGGUGCUUUUGUAAUAAGACAGUAAUGAAAAUGAAAUAAAACCAAUUUGAAAUGUAAAAUUGUAAUAAGAAUAUUUCAAAAUAAAUAUUUAUAAAAUUGCCCAAUUUGUGACCCGUUUACUGCACCUAAAGUAUUUUGACAUUCAUACAUCUAUGCAUUUUUGAAAGUACUUAGUUCUAGUUAAGACUUCCGCUAGUAUUUUAACAUCAUUAUCCAGAAGUGAAACUGAAGUAAACGAGUCUUAAUGUGUUUGCCUCUGUAAUAUCGCAAAGACCACACCAGAUUUAUUAAAGGCAGACACACAGCUUCAAACCUUCAGCACAUGUUUAAUGUAAAACAUUCAUCCAAAAAUUCUGACUUGCCAGAAGUCUUUCUUAUACUCUUUGGAUGCAGAAAGAUCCUUUGAUAGUGAUAAAUGAGAUUAUCCAUUUGCUGCUCUGCAUAGAUACUGUAUGUGUUUGGCAUCAAAAUAUUUGUAUUAAUUAAACUAAUUUUUACUAGUCCAGAAGCCUCAGUCUACAUUAAUAAAAGAGACUCAGAUUAGAAUUAGGUACUUGAUAAGAGUGCCCCCUAUCACCAAUUAUGUUUGCAUUAGCCGUUGUCUAUUUAUUUCCGAAAGAAACCAGAGAUAGAGGGAAUUAUCAGAAAGGGACCAGAAGAAGAAAAUACAACUAUAUUCAGACAAUAUGGUACUUUAUAUGUCAAACCUACAAUUAUCUACUAUCUGCAAUUAGUCUAUAGCAUGUUAACAUAAUUUCAUAAGAUUUGUGGAUUCAAAAUUAAUCUAAUUAAAUGUGUUUUUCUCAGUGAAGUCUUUAGCAUGCCAUACUAGAUUAGAAAACUAUUUCUUCAUAAUAUCAAAACAGUUUAAAUAUCUAGGGUUAACCUUCACAAGUAAGUAUAAAGAUCUUUUCCAAUACAAUUUUGGAAGCGCUUUAGACAAAAUCAAACAAGAUGUUAACAGAUGGUCCACCCUCCAUCUCAUCUUUGCAGGGAGAAUGAAUACAGUAAUCCCUCCUCCAUCGCGGGGGUUGCGUUCCAGAGCCACCCGCGAAAUAAGAAAAUCCGCGAAGUAGAAACCAUAUGUUUAUAUGGUUAUUUUUAUAUUGUCAUGCUUGGGUCACAGAUUUGCGCAGAAACACAGGAGGUUGUAGAGAGACAGGAACGUUAUUCAAACACUGCAAACAAACAUUUGUCUCUUUUUCAAAAGUUUAAACUGUGCUCCAUGACAAGACAGAGAUGACAGUUCUGUCUCACAAUUAAAAGAAUGCAAACAUAUCUUCCUCUUCAAAGGAAACAGAGAGGAAAGCAAACAAAUCAAUAGGGCUGUUUGUUUUUAAGUAUGCGAAGCACCGCUGGUACAAAGCUGUUGAAGGCGGCAGCUCACACCCCCUCCGUCAGGAGCAGGGAGAGAGAGAGAGAGAGAGACAGAGAAAAACAAAGUCAAAAAUCAAUACGUGCCCUUUGAGCUUUUAAGUAUGCGAAGCACCGUGCAGCAUACUUAAAAGCUGCACACAGAAGGUAGCAACGUGAAGAUAAUCUUUCAGCAUUUUUAGACGAGCGUCCGUAUCGUCUAGGUGUGCGAACAGCCCCCCUGCUCACACCCCCUACAUCAGGAUCACAGAUAGUCAGCGCAAGAGAGAGAGAAAGAAAAGUAAGUUGGGUAGCUUCUCAGCCAUCUGCCAAUAGCGUCCCUUGUAUGAAAUCAACUGGGCAAACCAACUGAGGAAGCAUGUACCAGAAAUUAAAAGACCCAUUGUCCUCAGAUAUCCGCGAACCAGCAAAAAAUCCGCGAUAUAUAUUUAAAUAUGCUUACAUAUAAAAUCCGCGAUAGAGUGAAGCCGCGAAAGGCGAAGCGCGAUAUAGCGAGGGAUCACUGUACUGUACUUUCAAAAUUAACAUCCUCCCUAAACUAUUCUAUCUAUUCCAUACACAUAAACAAAAAUUCUUCAAGAAAUGUUGAAAUAGCCAUGUGUUCUAAUGGCAACUCCCCAUCUAAAGCAGAAGGCAUUGUGGCACUUUCACAAUAAAAUCUUGGAAUCUGGCAGAAAUUCAUAAAUUCAAACUGGCCUGGCUUACAGUGGAAAACAAAUCCUGUUCUAAAUCUUCCUUGUAUACCCUGCUUUGUGCUGCACUCCUAACUAUUGGCAAUUUACCAGCAAUCCAGUUGUCCACCUAUUACUUAAAAUUAGGGAAGCUCUUAUCUGUUGCUCCUAACCAUGAUAAUCACCUUCUCAGAUCCACUCAGUAUUUAAAAAUUUAAAUUAUGGAAUGUGCUAAAGGUUAAGACACUUACAGAUCUUCUUAUAGACAAUUUGCCUCUUACAAACAAUUAUACUUCAAAAUGUAAAAUUUGCGGCUAUACAGUUUUUUCUAUAUGUGAAUGAGAAGUUUUCUUAAAAGAAAACCAGCUGAACCUACCAUAUCUCGCACCUAUAUCAGCCCCACAAGCCAUACUUGUUAGUCUAGAUGAAGACAUCGGUGAGCAUCUCAGCAGUAUAUAAAAAUAUUUCAUAGUAUUCACCCUUCAAAGAUCCUAGGAAACAGUGAGAAAGGAACCUCUCAAAUGGCAUCACAGAAAAUGAGAGUAUCUUAUCUACACUUGUACAUAGAAUACAUUCUAGUUCUAUAUGCACCAAGCAUUCCACAUUUCAGUUAAAGGUCUUUCAUCAAUCACAUUUAUGUCAUUUUAAAUGUACCCAGGGUAAAACCCAACUUGUGAGUGAUGUUAUCUAGCUUAGGCACCAGUAGGCCACAUGUUUUGGGACUACACUAAAUUAACAUAAUUUUGGAUAAAAAUGUUGUAAAUACUUGUCAAAUAGCCUCAGUGCUACAAUCACUCCUGAUCCAUUAAUAAUGGUAUUUGGUGUACUCCUAGAUGGCAUUAGAGUGCAUAGUGGGAAAUCAAUUGUAAUAGCCAAUACCGCACCACUAGCACCUUCUAUAACUUAGAGGGUAAAUGAUGUUCUGUAUUCUCUCAAAUUAGAACAAAUCAAAUUCUCUCAGAGGAAAUGUGCAAAACAUUUUUAAAAUGGAUAAAGAAUUAACAUUACUUUAGAAUAAGUAUGCUAGGCUUGUGAUAACUAACUUAUGUUGUUGUUUUAUCAUAUUUAAACAUCUUCACAACUAGUAAGGAUUAUUUUUUGACAUUAGCAUAUUGCUUUGUGGAAGUGUGGUUUAACACAUCAGUCCCUGACUCUGCAUUAGAACUGCUGGGGCCCCUGCUUUACAGAGUAGACAGUAACACAGUAUCUAAUGAGUCAAAAGGCAAUUGGGUCAAAUUGGUGCAACUAUGUUUCCAUAUUAUCAUGGCACUUACUCUGGCAAUCUGGAACUAUUUGCUUUUGACUUAAUAUUUGCUAUUAACUGUACAACAUUCUUUUCACCUACAGAAUAUUCAAUAAUUUCUCAUGCGAGUUUAUAUCCCAUCUGAGAUGAAUGUAAAUGAAGCGCAAUGGCAGCAGAUUACAUCAUUAGUUUGAAGAACAGUCACGCCAACUUCCCAAUUAUAGUGAUGGACAACUUUAAUCACGCAAACCUAACCAUUGAACUUACCAGAUACAAACAGCUUGUUAAAUGCCCUACUAGGGACAGGAAGACCUUGGUUCACUGCUACUGCGCUAUACUUGAUGCUGACCGAGCUCUGCCUCUCACUCCAAUGAGUAAUUCUGACCAUGAUAUAAUACAGUUGCGACUCACUUAUAAACCAAGGCUAAAAUCAGCUAAACCAGUAAUAAAAUCUAUAAGACUAAUACUGAUACAUCUUAUAUUAGCUUCUGUGAAGAUAUUUGCAUUCCCAGCAAAACCAUUAUAAUUUACAACAAUGGAAAACAGUGGUUCACCAAACAACUGAGGAUUCUUUGUCACACAAUAGAAACUGUUUAUAAACUUGGUGGUAAUGAUGCCUACAAAGAGGUCGGGAUGCGGCUAAACAAUGCAUUCAGAUAUGCUAAAUAGAAACAUUAAAGUAAACUGGAAUUUCAGUUUUCAGCAAAUAACAGGUCCUCUGUAUGAAGAAGAUUUCAGUCUGUUACUGUCUAUAAAAACGCAUCUCCCAGUGCUUAUUUAGCAGAUUUGGACAAUGAGGUGCUGAGUAUCAACAAUACCUCUCUUUCUCCAAUUCUGCAGGGGUUUUGGCACCAGUCACUUCUUUGCAAAAGCCUCUCCCUUCUUCUUCCUUAUCUAUCAAGGAAUACAAUGUCUGGAAACUGUUUACAAGACAUGACUGCAGAAUGUCUGGUGGUCCUGAUUCAGUCUUGCCUGCAACAAUCAAACACUCUGCAAGCCAGCUUGCACCUCUCUUCACUGACAUCUUUAACCAGUCUCUUACGCAGUGUAUUGUUUUCAGAUUGCUUUAAAUGUUCUGUUAUUGAUCCAGUUCCCAAAAAUGAUACAAAUAAGCUGCCUCGACGAUUACAGGCCCUUCUGCACUUACAUCAGCGGUUCUAAUAAAAAUAUUUAAACGACAAGUUCUAAACCCUCUUAAUUCUGUUACUGCUGCUCAUCUUGACCCUCUUCAGUUUGCAUAUAGAGUAAAUAGAUGUGUAGACGAUACCAUUAACAUGGGACUGCACUUUGUGCUACAGCAUUUGGACUGUAAAGGAACUUGUGCCAAAGUGAUAUUUCUAGGUCAGCAUUUAACACCAUUGUCCCCAAGCUGCUGCUAACUUCUAAAAGCUGAACUGAAUGCUUCCACCUGUAAAUGGAUGGGCUGCCACCUCUCAGACUACCUCUUUAUCAGCACAGGUGCACCUCAAGGCUGUGUACAUUAUCCCCACACCCCCCCACACACCAAACACUGUCUCUGAUUCUUCAGCAAGAAUCAUUUAGUUUGCUGGUGACACCACCAUUGGACUUAACUACUAAUUGUAAUGAAACGGCUUACAGAAAGGAAAUGAUUCGUCUUUUGUCUUGGUGUGCUACCAAUAAACUGGUACUUAGUAUCACCAAGACAGUUGAGACAGUAAUUGACGUUUUGUAAAUAGCAGUUUCAGCCUCUCCCACUAGUAAUUAAAGAUUCUGCAGUCAGUAUGGUGGAAUCCUUCAGAUUUUUGGGUACAGCUAUUACAAACAUUCUCAGCUGGGACAUUAACACUGCUUCCAUCACUAACACUCAGCAGUGGUUGUACUUUUCAAGCCAAUAAAGAAAUUAAAUAUUUCCCAGCAAAUCCUAGUACAUUAGUGUGAAUACAUUCUCCAUUGUUGUCUGGUUUGUUUCAGUGACGGUCCACUCCAAACAUACCUUACAGCACCUCACACAUCUCCUUUAGAACUGCCCUGUUCUGCAGCUCCUUAUAAUGUAUGUUAUCUAAACUACACAUGUCAUUUGUAUUUGAUAUUGUGUUAUGUUAUAAGCCCCUCCAAAGCUAGAAACCAACCCUGCACAUUGUGCCAGUGUUUUUUUGACAAUUACAGUUUUAUGUAUACAUACAGGUAGAUGGCCUGUCUGUUUGUCUGUCCCUUCUUCACAUCUGUCCAACAGUAAGGCAGAUAAACGCAUAUACCAGGGCCUCUGCAUACCAAAUUUGUAUGACUUAACAAACCCAGUGGGUUCUGAAAUGAGUGUCACAGCUGCUGCUUAAUUCAAGACAACCUUUGUGAAUAUCAUUACUGGCCAUGUAAUCUUUUGCAUUUUUAUUAGAUACAAGGAAAUACAAGUCUAUACCAGUGAAUCCUCCUAAAAUUUAUUUAAUCAUGAAAAAUAUUUCACAGUAGCGAUUAUACUGAUUUCCUUUAAAAAAAAAAAAAAAAAAAAAAAAGUAAAAUGCAAAUAAAAAUUUAAAUACAAACAUUAUUUUGCAUAUUUUGACUAUGCAGUACUAUUUUAAGGAUUGAUAGUAACAUGCCACAGGCAUCCCAAAUCCUACCUUGGCAGCACCAGGCAAGGACAGGCAUUGGGAUGCAUCAUCACCUGUCUGUCACAGGGCGUGGUUAUUCAGGCAGGGCCAGAUGCCAAAGUAACCUGCAAGUCUUGGGAAUUUGGAAGGAAACCCAUAUACUGUAGUCACAAGGAGAAUAUUUAAACUUCACACAGACGGUAAACUUGUAAGAAUUUGAAUGCAGGACUUGAAGCUGUAAGCUGGUAAUACUAACCACUACACCAUUCUUCUUUCCUUAUUUAAUGUAUAAGACAGUUAUUUAACGUUUUCUGUGUAAUUUAUCUGAUAUUUUGGUAUGGUUGUGGUUCUUUGUUUUUGAAAUGAUAAUGCAACAUUAAAUUAAGUUUAAAUCAUGAAAUUCCUAAUUAAAUGAAACAAAAUUAUAAAAUAUGCUGCACACAAUUAAUUUUCUUGUGUGGUUUGUCAUAUUAGAGUUAUUAGAGACAGCAUAACUGUGGCACCAGAGUUCAUAAUAUACUCUAAAAUGUGCAAUUGCAGAACAAGGUUUGAGAUUAAAGCACAUACAUUAUUUGGUAAAACUACAAGAGUCCUGGAUUACUUCUUUAAUAAGACAGAUGUUUAAGUAGACAUGACAGCUGUAGAAGCCAUAUACUUUUUCUCAGUCCUGAUAUAACCAUUAUGCAGUAUUUUACAUUAUGUACUUUAAAUUAGUUUUUCCUUAUAUAUUUUGUGCUGUGCCUAUUUUACAUGAUUAUGGCUUGUGUUUGUAUUAUUGAUAAGACAAUAAACUGAUAAAUAAAAAUGUGUGGUAUCU